AUGCCUCCUGAUCUAACGAGGUCGACUUUGGGUGAUAGCAAAGUCGAUCUGGGAGGUGCGGCCGCGUGGGUGAGAAACACAGACCGCCAUCAAAUCGAUUCGACUCCUGUUCCUGCUAAUGUACAUUCUUCCACCUCCACCAAUCCCGUUCCUGCCGCCGCCAAUGCCACGCCCAUCAAGAUCGUCUCUUCCAUCCAAGCGGAUGCCUACCCGCCUUCGCCCCCUGCUUCCUACGAGGCUGAGCCCCAAGCUGUCAAGCUGUCGCACGAGUUCAACAAGCUCCCGUUCACACCGCCCUCGUCGACCGAGUCAUCGUCCGACUCGGACUCUGCCAACUCGUACUUUUCGAGCUCAUCUCGCUCAGUACGCCAGUCAAGCUCGCUCACCGGAGAGCCUGGCGAGGCCNAUCAGCUCAUCAGCAAAGUCAGACCCGACCUGCUCGCCCAAUCCAGAGCACUCUUCGCUCUCCGACCCGAGUGGGAAGCUUCGCUCUAUGCGCCUUCAGCAACCAGCGAGGCCGGCGAGCGCACGCUCUACUGUCGCGCUAACCGUUCGGGCCUCGUCGAAUCGCGCGAGAACCUNGUCGAUCUGCUCGAGCAGGCUGACGAGAUCUGGAAUUGCUCCGCUCUCGUCAUCUGUCUCAAGAAGACCGACCNAGAUCUCGAGCAUGCUCUCCAUUCGCUCAUGUAUGUCGGCGGCAGCAUUCUCGCGCCACACGCCAGACAGAGCGAGGAAUACAUCCUCGUCGGUCUCGACUUGUAG